CUCCCACCCGGCGGAGUUGGCGCGAGAGCAGCCUGCCGCCGACUCCUUCUUCUGCCUUCCUCACGCCGUCCGUUACGUCGGCAUACAAAAAGCUUGUGGCCAUCUCUGCUAGACUCAUAUUCCUCCUGGCAUUCGGCAAGGUCGCAUCGCAGCCUAUUCCAGCUACCUGCAACCUUCCACCGGGAUACCCUCCACCAAGGAUAAAUUCGAAAAGAUGACGAGCUUCAAAUUGUACUCAACGCUGUUCUCGCUGUCGCUGCUGGUGCUUGUGGUGUCCAGCGCACCUCUGCAAAGAGAGGAAGAGUCAGACUCGACGGCCAGCAGCCGCUCUGGCCGCUCCAAGGGCUCAUCACGCAGUGCCCGCUACCUGGGCUCCUCGUGGUUCGACUUCCUGAAUCCUGCGCCCUACCAGGACCCACUCCUGUCGAGGGCCGCCGAGGAUGACAAUAGCAGCAACAACCAGGCCGAUUCGCCCAUCUACUACAUUCGGCUGCCGGCCAACCCGUACGUCUACAUGCCUGGCAUGGGCUACGUGAGCCGGCCGCAGCCCCUGCAGACCCCGGUGGCCAGCCCCCCGCCCGUGGUGCCCCCGAGGCCCGCCAGCCCCUUCUACCAGCUGCCGCUAGACUUUGUUUCUAACGGCAAGCCUGGCAGCACCGUGCAAAUCUGGCCCCGUGACCCCACCCCCGCGCCCAUCGUGCCUUCGACCCCGGCCGCCCCCGUUAUGCCUCCCCGCCCCAAGCCUGUGUCGACCAUCAACCGACUGCCCGGACAGUUCUACUUCAACGGCAAGCCCAGUGGAUUCUACAUUCUGCAGCAAGACCCCUACAACUCCUUAUACGCGGACGUACUGCACAAUUUCUACCCUUAAGACGGGCCAACCGACGCCGCCGUCGCUUAAGGGAUGCUUAAUUGUGCACGCGCUGCCCCUAUAUGGACUGAAAUUAUGUUUAUCUAAAACCACAAAGCUGUGAUUGCCGCCGCGACAAGUGUUACACUACUGAAAGUUUUGCAAUCGGAGCUAGAGAGCCGAUGUUGAGAGAUGAAUUUGUGCGUGUGAGUGCUCGACAUGAACGAUGCGAUUCAAAACUCGAAUUUAAUUAAACCUUUUUAUGUCGUAAUGUAUUUAUGGUUUUAGUUAAUUUAAUUUCGAAGCAAGUGAAAAUGAGCGAGUUGAUGAGCCAUGUUGGUGCGAAUGUAUUGUUUUGUAAAUUAAAGAAAGUGAGCUUGACGAAAGAUCUAAACUGUUAAAAGCUUAGCAUCGUUAAUACUAUUUAUGUAUUUAAUAUUUAAGAUCACAAUAGAAAACGAAUGUUUAAUCUUAUUUCAAUUGUUCAGAGUGUUUUAAGCAAUUAAAAUAAUAAAUAUGCAAAAUCAACAA